AUGGCAACAAUAGUGAACAUUGCCUGCUCCGAAUUGCUGAAGAACCCCAUUGUCACAGCUGAGCAUGGCAAUGACGGCAACCGAAUUGCAUCAGCAACAGAGACUUUGCAGGAAACGGCCCACCAAUUCGUCCAAGUGCUCAAUGAACGUGCCAUGCUUUUAGCCAACAGUGCACAGUUUGAUACAGCUUUACGUGAUGCAGCAGCCAUAAAGACCAUAUCACCGGAAUCAGGGCUUGGAUAUUUGUGUAUGGGAGACGUGUAUUGUCAACAAGGCCAUCAUGCAGCAGCGAUUUCCAUAUACGACCAAGGCCUUGAAGCAGUGCCUGAAUGCGAUGCCUAUUAUCAGCAACUCCACCAACAUCGAUUGACAGCAGUAGCCAACAACAACAAACGCGUCGAUUUCAUCAGCCGGUUGCCAUUCGAUGUUGUCGUUACCAACAUUAUACCAAGGAUGCAGCCCGAUUUCUAUUCUGAAUCAUCGUGCAAGCUUCUUUACAUGUCACGUGCAUGGCAGGAGCGCAUCUUGCAGCAACCCAAGGGCAUACGGUUCUCCUUUGGCGAGGAAACCAACACAUUCAAAGAUGGCCAUGCGCAGCUCAUUCGAUUUGCUCCCUAUGUCCAGUACUUGGGUGGUUCUCUGGUCGGCGUGCAUUUGGAUGAUCUCUUUUCUCGAGCAAGCUUUUCCAAUCUAAAAGAACUCAGUAUAUUCUGUGGUCCUACAACGCCUCAUGUGCCAUUGAUCCAUGGUCUGAAAUUGAUUGCUGAUCCAUUGACUCGUUUGACUCUCCUUGAAUGCCCUGGUCUUCAAUUACGUGACAUUUUGGAGACGUGUCCCAAUCUUGUAUAUCUCAAAACAAUGGAUGUGGAUGCCGUUAUGCCCUUAUCAUUGUCAUCAAUUUAUCCCAAGAUGAAGCACCUUGUACUUUACCGACUACAACAAAGAGCUCGCACGCAUGAGAAUAUGGUUGAUGUCCUAAGCCGAUUCCCUUCCUUACGUAUGCUAAAGAUAUCGCCAAUGCCUGCCACCACUAUCUUGCCUAUCUUACACAAGCAUUGUCCUGAUCUACAAGCUAUUUCUUUCGAGUGCUGGAGCCCGGAUGUUGCCGUAACUACAACAACUGUUGGAGAAGGGAUUGCAUCAGCUUAUUUGGGCGGCGAGAACGUUCAUUAUCGACAUGACUUGAUCGAGUUCUUAUACGAGCAAAGCAAUUCAUUGGAGGUCUUCCAUUUUCAUGGCACGCUUGAAAUCAACAAUGCUCUUUGGGAAAUAUCAGAUGAUGGGCAAGUUCAACCUCAUACCACACCUUUAAGGGUUGCGAACGACCUGUCAUCUCCAUUAUCAUUCACACGAUUGGUUGACCUUCGGUUUACGAAUACUGAUCCAUCUUCAGGUGUGCCUAUGAUACUAUGGAUUGUAUUGAACGCACCCAACCUCAGCGCCAUCCAUCUCCCUCAUUCCCAUUUUCAACCUGCUGUUGCAAAAGCCAUGAUCAAAUUGAAGUAUCUUCGAAAGGUGGAAGUCGAACAGAACGACACCACAGACGACAUAGAACAGAUACGCGAGGAGCUUCUUGGCGACUUGGAUGACGAUACCAUCGACGACAAUACCAUCGACAACAAUUACGAUGGCAUCCACCAGUUCUUUCAGCAUCACAUUGCCUUGGGGGAUCACUCAACACUCCAGCAUGUGGUGGUGCGCGUGUACUUUGUGAGUGCAUAUCGACAAACAUGGCUGCCUUUAUUAUCACGACUGAGAUGCCUCAAGAUCCUCGAAUUAUGCGGUCGAAACAGCUACACGGAUUGCUUCGUUGCCAAUAAUUGCAAACACAUCUUGAAAAGGAUACGCCGAGACUGUCCCGCGUUCGAAAGGUUAAUCAUCAAUCGAAGAAUAUCCAAUUGGUUAGCACCAUCACCAUCAUCACCAUCAUCCGAGACAUCAUCAUCACCAUCAUCCGAGACAUCAUCCGAGCCAUCAUCAUCAUCACCAUCUGGACUUUGA